AUGGCAUCUGGAGAGUGCCUUCUGCUAGACGUAGAAACAGAUAACUUCAUUCUCUACAACAUCUCUGUCAACCAGAGUGCAAACCUCUCCCUCCUCGGUGACGACUGGUUCUACCCAGCGUUCCUCUAUGCCAUCCCCACCAUCUAUGGGAUCAUAAUUUUGAUAGGCCUUAUUGGCAAUAUCACUUUGAUUAAGAUCUUCUGUACUGUGAAAUCCAUGAGAAAUGUCCCUAAUUUGUUCAUCUCCAGUUUGGCUCUGGGAGACCUGCUGCUUUUAGUGACUUGCGUGCCCGUGGAUGCCAGCAGGUACCUUGCUGAUGAGUGGCUGUUCGGCAGAACUGGAUGCAAACUUAUCCCCUUCAUACAGCUCACUUCUGUAGGGGUGUCAGUCUUUACUCUCACUGCUCUCUCGGCUGACAGGUAUAAAGCUAUAGUACGGCCAAUGGAGAUCCAAGCAUCCCAUGCACUGAUGAAGAUUUGUGUGAGAGCUGCUAUAAUCUGGAUUGUAUCCAUGUUGCUCGCCAUCCCUGAAGCAGUGUUUUCAGAUCUGCACCCUUUCCAUGACAAAGGGACUAAUAAAACCUUCAUCAGCUGUGCGCCUUACCCGCAUUCUGAUGGGCUGCAUCCCAAAAUUCACUCAAUGGCAUCAUUUCUGAUCUUUUAUAUAAUUCCCCUAUCUGUCAUUUCAGUAUAUUAUUAUUUCAUUGCUAAGAAUUUGAUCCGGAGCGCUUAUAACAUCCCCGUGGAAGGAAACGUGCACGUGAGGAAACAG